AUGACACCUCUGCCCCGCCUAAAUGCUCUCCGUAAGGCAUUGGCAUCGACGGAGCCGAAGACCGUUCCAAGGGUCCAGUCGAGACCCUCACACUCCGAGACCUUGCCUGCGCCCACAGACAUUGACUCGCAUCCCGAAGAAGCCUCCGAUGAGGGUGUGUCCGACCAGGCCCUUCACGAAACUGAGAAGGACGGGAAAUGGGAGAAAGAUAGUGCAGGAGCCAUAGAGGCCUCCGAGUACCCCAUCGACGUUAGUGGUAGUGAAGCGCUUACUUCGUUGAUCUUCUCGAGUCAAGAGUCCGGUACAUUGCAUCUCCAGAUACCUAACAAGUCGAUAGCUCCUGCAGAUUUCAAGCUAACGAGUAGCGACAGAGUGCUGGAGGAGAUGCUUCGGGAUCAAGGAUACAAAAACGAUAUUAUACACAAAACCGCGCGCGGCAUCCAGGAAACGGCCCCGGUCUCCGAAACCAAGAAGAGUUCCCGCGCAUAUCGCUUCUAUAGCGGGAGCCAGGCUGAUGGCCGCUGA